UUGUGUUACACCAGCUGUUAGGUUUUGAUGUUGCCCUGUAUCUCUGUCACGUGGUCUGGCGUAAAGGAUUUGGGGGAUAGAUUUUGACCUCACUGGGGAUUUCUUAUUAGUUUCCAACCACUGUCGGCAAGAAGAGGAAGACGGCCUGAUAUCACAACUCGUGGAAAGAGUUUAUUCUAAUUCAGGCACGGAAACACGUCAGGGCCAAAAAAAGGAAGUGGGAGGUGAAACCAAGACCGCAACACAGCCGGAUGCUGCAGUGGAACUUGAACCAAAAUACUCCGCAGUGACAGGGCAAGGGGGAGGGGCUUGUGGGGCAUGUGGUGUGUUGGGCGCAGGGAAGUUGCUGUUUGUGUCAUUGUUUAUCAUAUUUCCAUUGACCACUCUCUCCCCAAUUGGAAACAUUGAGGUGCUUUCAAGUCCUUGAUUGAUUUUUGUUUUUCAAAGUUAAAAGCUGCUCUAACACAGGUUGAAGCGUCCUUGAAUGUAACUUUGGGACAAUGAACCCGUUUUGAACUUUGUACAGUUGCAUAAGAGGCCUACCUGGCCGGUCUGUAGAGGAUGGUGUGGAUAAACUUUUCAACCCGUUCACAAGGAGAUACUUAGAUACUUUUCGGACUUCACGAGUCUUUGUAGAGGGUGGGUCAGAGAACCCCCCCAUGAGGAAUAUUGGUUUCUAACCAGCAACCCUCCUCUGGGAGGGGUUUGUAUCAAUACCCCAGAUGUCUGGAAAAGACUGGAUUUACAUGAGGGACUUUGAUGUUCUGAUGAUCAAUCUUUAGUUGGUGGUUUCAUUGACCCUAAUUUGGUGUCUCAUCAGUGGGCUAGGCAGGAGUAGGCAAUGGAGGUUUUUGUUCCUUUGGUGGUUAAGCCAGCCUUGGUAAACCCCUAUGUGCCCUCCCAAUGAACUCUGGGAGAUCAUUGAUCAAAUUGUCCUGCAUCUGCUUUGUUUGCGUCCCCGACUUAGCAGUCAAAGCAGCCGCAUCCACAAGCAGAACAACCAAAACAAUGCACAUAGGCCCACAGUUAGUCAGACAGUCCAUUGCUUUUGAAAAAAUGUUAAGUAUCUGUCAGCUGGAAUAUCGCUCUUGACUUUGAUUUACUCAUCUUAUUUGACUUAUGAAAUCACAUUUUGAACAAUUGGCAAGUGUAGUAUAAUUCCACACUCAUUGUGAGGCAUGCCAAGUGGGAGAGCAUUCUUCCAAAAACCACCUACUUGAAUCCAUCAGUACACCAUUGAAAUGCCAAGAUUUGUACUUCCAAAUACACUGUGCAUUUUUUUGUUUCUUCUUUAUAUCUCAGAGAUAUCCUGCCAAAACAGCUGGGUUUGCCACUCAGCUUCCUUGAAUGUGUUUAUUUUUACUCCCAAAUGUCAGGAGAGUUGAAAUAUUCUGAUUAAGAAAAACUGACAGCUGUAGUUCAACGGUGCACAGUAUAUUAGCUUCUCUGGAAAAAGCAACUGUUCACAUCCCCUGAUAAUAUGGGAAAGGCAUUUCAUAUUUUUUUAAUUUAUUCAAACUUAUAUUAAUUAAAAGGAAUUAGUAUAAUCAAUUCAAUUGCCUAACCGGCACUACAUGAUCUAAAAUGCAUGGAGUCUCCAUUCUUCUUUUCUCGCUGCUGCUGAAGAAGAAUAUUUAUUUCACUGGAGACUUCCUGUCGUUUAUCACUUGUUGAGAGCAGUGGCAAAAUGUGCUUGAGUGCGACAUCUGUCCAAUGCAUGUCAGCAGUGUGCUCUGCUGACCACUUUGCAUAUGUGUUUCUAUUGGCAGAAAUGGAAUAUCAAAUGAAUAUGUACGUUUUACUGUAGUGUACAAUCCCCUGAAAAUGAGAAUAGUGUUUUUGUUACCUAAGAAUGAGCCGUUUCUUUCUACCUACAGAGCGGGUCCUCUUCACGGAGUCCACCGUGUUUCUACAGUAGCUCCGAACGGACAAACCAAACACUUGCUCAAGAUAGGGCCAAUUGCAUUUUUGUGUCAGCCACUUUAGUUUCAUUUGGUUGCAAUCUGUAACGUCGCUGCUAUAUGUCACAAACUGAACCUUUAAACGCUUGUCUCCGCCAACAUUGACACCAACAAGGAACGCAGCAUUUUAAAGUGCAGCUUUUUGCUAAAGUAUGUCUGUGUUGGCCUUGUGUCAAAGCAGAUACCUUAGCAAAAAGAUGCACUUUCUCCUUUUAGCUGUGAAAAAGAAAACUCUGCACAUAACCAGACAGAUAGCAAUGACUGGGUAGAAGCUGAAUGAUGUUCCAUUUAAGCUAUUGCAAAAUACCGGACUUGAUAGGAAACUGAGGAAAUGUACCAUUAGCGAUGAUGUGAUGAUGAAAUGCAACAGAAAGCGUCUGCACAUUUCAUUAGGUGCUCCUCAGAAAUGUAUGACCAUUACACCUUUUUAGUCAAGCAUGUUACUUUAACUUUAUUUAGAUCAGAGAUUCUCAACAUUAUGACUUCAAAAUUUGAUGCAGGUCACCUGAAAUGAAAAAAGCUGUUGAAGAUAUAAAGACUUUUGGGGAUUAUUUACUUCAUCAUCAUUGCCAGCUGAUUAAACCUUAUUGGUAAACCUAAUAAAUAGAAGAUAUUUCUCAAGUCGCGCUGUCAAUAUUACAUUAAACUCGAUCAUAAAAAGAUUAAAGGUAUUUGCUUUAAACGGUAAUGCUAAAUAUAGUAUGUUCAGUUACUGUUGGUAUAACUGGGAGCAUUGUCUCUUUCCAGAUCUCUAACCAAUAGCAAGGAACAGCCGUUGUAGUCUUCUCCAUGAAGCCUGGAAAAAACAAAACUAAUUUGACUAUAUAUCCACAGUGCCAGGGCAGUUUUCCACUGUGCUUUAAAAUGAUGCGCUGCCUUCCAUGGAAUCGCCGUAUGCAAAGGAGCCUGGACGCUGCAGUCAAAGAGAUCUAACACGGCAAGCCGUCGACAAACAUUGCAGGCCUGCCCCGUGUGACCCGGCUCACGGUGGAGGAAAUAAACCUGCAACAGGUAGGUGUUCCAGCUGGGCUGGCCAACUUUCAAACCGCAGAGCCACACUAACGCUUCCCUGAGGAGACACAAUAGUACACACAGUAAAUCCCCACACUGACCUUUGGAGAUUCUCUCAUUUGUUUGCAUUCAUAAACACGACAGUCGACGCAGCAUUUUCCAUGGUUCUUCCACUACAUUGAUCAACCUGUGCAACUUCAUGGGCUGGACAAAAUAACAGGAACAACAGACAAAAUAACUCGAUAUGAUGCAAUAACCCUGCUAUAAAUACGGCCUUUUAUACGCUUAUAAUAAUCGUUAUGUUUUAAACUGUGUCAUUCAUGAGGCCAUAGGUCAUGACAUUGUUCUGCAUUACAUUAUACUUUUAUUUAGUCCAAACCAAGUAUAUGUAAUACAUUGUUUAAUUAUGCAGUGGUAUACAAAUAUGGACUGAAUUCACAUGUCGAUACAUUCACUCUCCAGAGAUGUGGUUUUUGUUAAAGUCAAUUCAGAAGGUAUCUCACUAUUUAACAUUUUAAUAUUCCUUCUAUAAGAGCUCAAACACAAAACAAAUCGAUAUAUUAAUUGAUGGUGCCUUUGACCUGGACUUAUGUUCAAAAAGUGAAGCAGAGAGGUCUGAGUGAGGCAGUAUGAGGCAGAUGAUUAAGUCAACAGAAAAUGUAUCUUUGGACGGACACAAUAGUGUUAAAGUUUGAAUUAAGUCCACCAGGAUCAUUGUUAUCUAUUUUGUUGAUUCAAGGCACAAGACGGUGAACAAGACACCCUGAGAGGAGCCUGUGCUGCCCCCUGGUAUGACUGCUACUCAGAAAACACACACGGACAUACACAUGGAUGGAGGACUCGCCUGUGUUGCCAUAUUGGUGAAAAGCGAGCCAUGACGCGUUGUCCACUGACAUCUCUUUGAACGUCUGUGGCUUCCGAUCACUUUUCCACUUCUACUUCACCCGGAACUCACAUGUCCAAAUACAGACAUGAAGGGGCGGGGCCGGACACUGCCUUUUUUGGAGUUUCCACUUAGGCGGUCACUUGGGCUCCAAGUCAAAGCAAGUCUGUGGAUUUACAAUGCGCCUGCAAUAUUUACAAGCGAUUAACUCCGUCAAUUACCCGUCUUUGUGAGUGUUGCUGCAUGAAAAAGCGGUUUGAACCAGUGUUCAGCAAUGCAGGACGGCACUAAGCGUUUGCACGUUCACCAGGAGCAAAAUGAAAGCAGAGUCGGGCUUCUUCUGUCUUGAGUUUAUUUGGACGAAAAGUAAUCGAAAAGAAAAAUCUAAUCAACAAUUCAAGAAAUAAACAUAGUCCAGUAUUUCGUCAGUAUUGGUAGAAUAUGAAUAAACGGCACUCAGGCCUAACUCAUGACAUAAAGUAGUGUGUUUUACGAGUGGCAGCCCCUACAGCCACAACACACUCUUUCUCUCUCACUCACACACAGCUGCGUAAAAAGCUCCCAGUGUGCCUGAUGGUCCACAAUGGACAUCAUAAUGCCUGAUAAUAAUAAAGAUAACACGCUGUUGAAUCACUGUAAUGGUUUCCACGAGGAUAGGAACAGUGGAGAAUCGGCUCAUCAUGAAGAAGGACGCAGCUGGAGGUGCCAUGUAGUGAACUUUGUAUCUAUCUAUCUAUCGGAGCCUUGUGCCUCCACUGUAGUUUCCACCGACUGACGCGCGGAGAGCCUGGGCGCUUGGCGCUCUGUCCAUAUAUGGUCAUCUACGUCACGCAAAUGUUCCAUCCCCCUAUUUAAUACAAGCAGACUGGAGUCCCCUAUCCAGCUCCAAUAGAGCGAGUAGAGCUGCUCUUGUGCAACCAACACCACCACCUCCUCCAUUGAUUCACAGACUUCAAAUUCCCCCACAAGCAGCCCAUCAGCUUCCACAGUGAUCAGAUUAAUAACAACAGUAGCCUGUGAUCACACAGGAGGAGAUAACCGGCGCUGCUCGUCCUCCGCGGGAUACUUGGAUAAGCUACAGCAACAGGAUCCAUCCCUGCUCCUCUCUCCUCUUUUUUUUUUGUCACUCCUGGUCCACACCUGUGUUUUCCACUUUGAGAACACACGCUGUUUUUUGUGUAACUACUUGGAUACCUGCACGUUGUCCUUUUUAUAAAUGUCGGACUGAAUAUAACUGCUAUGACAGGGAAACUAGCGGAGAAGCUCCCUCUUACGAUGAGCAGUUUAAUAAACACGAUCCCUGACAGUCUCUACCCAGAAGAGGACAUCCCGGCAUCUAUGAAUAUCUUCACCAGUACGGAAUCUAUUAACCACUAUUCACAGAUGAAUACAGAUAAUAUCAUGGAUCUGGGCAUGGGAAGCGAGAAAACAUCCGCUGAGAUUCAGUAUGGAUCCAGCUUCCAGUCCAACCGCAGCGGGCAGACUGUCACUUAUCUGGGGAAGUUUGCCUUUGACACUCCUCCGUCAGGUGGCAUUGGUGGCUCUGGCUGGUGCUCUGACAACAACAUCAUCAGUCUUGUCAGCGCAGGGAUCCUGGGCGUUUCUCCAUCACCCGGCACGGUAACAACGCAGACAUCCUCCUCUGCAGCCGGCAUGGGACAGACGUCAGAUAUGGAGCAGGUUUAUGGUCCGCCACUGCCUGCCUACUCCACCUGCAGUGACCUGUACCAGGACCAGGUCUCCUUCCACCACAGCCCUGCCACCAGCACGGCUCUAGCCUACCCUGGCAAUGACUAUCACUCCACAUCCAAAGCCUCCAUGGAUGGCAGCCUUUUCUCCAUGAUCCCCGACUACAACCUUUUCCACCAUCAGGGGGAGGUUGGAGUGAUGGAGCACAAGCCCUUCCAGACCAUGGACCCCAUUAGAGUCAACCCUCCACCCAUCACACCCCUGGAGACCAUCAGGGCUUUCAAAGACAAACAGCAGAUGCACCCAGGUUUCAUCGGCGGGCAGCAGCACCCUCCUCAGCACCACCCACCGCCACAGACUCUCACCCUCAAACCCAUCCGGCCACGGAAGUACCCCAACCGUCCCAGCAAAACCCCCGUCCACGAACGGCCGCACGCCUGUCCGGCGGAGAACUGUGACAGACGCUUCUCACGCUCAGACGAGCUCACGCGUCACCUUCGCAUCCACACAGGUCACAAACCCUUCCAGUGCAGGAUAUGCAUGCGCUCCUUUAGUCGGAGUGACCACCUAACCACACACAUCCGCACACACACAGGCGAGAAACCCUUCUCCUGUGAGUUCUGUGGGCGCAAGUUUGCCAGAAGCGACGAGCGAAAGAGACACUCAAAGGUUCACCUGAAACAGAAGGACAAGAAGCCAGCUGACAAGAGCAGCGGGGCGGCUGGGAGCCACAGCUCGCCACCCAGCUCCUGUGGGGGGCCAACAGUGGGAACGUCAUGACCGUCACUACGUGCGCUUGGACUGGACCCUCUCCAUGCCUCAUAAAGAGACUAAGGAAGAAGGGAUCACGUCCACUAUGAGAUAAAUAGGUGACUCUUUUCCUCUCUUUUACAUCCCCUGCUCUUUUCAGUUGCCUUUAGUUUAAGUAAGAGGGGAAAGGCUGCUACGCCCUUCUCUUUCAAGUAACUCAGAGCCUCAGCUACUGUAACACAGUGCCAGCACAAAGAAGGGCACCUUGGCAUAUUCUGUCCACAAGGUCAUCCUAUAGGGUUUUCGGGGUGGAUACACUUUUGUAAAUUUUACUGAGAAUUUCUAAAUUGGAAGGAAGCCAGAAUCCAUCAUAGGAGUCAAAAAAAGACACAAUUACAAUGGAGUUUAGUUAAAGGGUAAGUCGUCUGGGAUGUAUGCAUUAAUUUUAUUAGGCUGUUUAAAGUGCAAUUGGUUAUAUUUGUGUACUGUCAUGGAUACCUUAUUAGUGGCACUUGGAUGUCUUUUUGUUGUUUUUGUUGAGGUGUCGUGUUUUUUUAUUUUCUAUUUGAAUGUUGUUUUCUCAAAAGAAUGUGCCAAAUGUGUUGUGGUGAUACAGCCAACCUUGUUCUUAUUAUUGUGCCUGACAUUUGCCAAACAUAGCAGUGAUAUCAGCUUAGCACACAUGUUGAGUUAAAGGAAAGAUCAGAUUCAAGCAGCGAAUCUCAGAUUUAGAUUCAUUUGGUCUAGAAAAUGGUUGAAAGGGUUACACAAAGCAAACCGAUGUCUUGUCCUGUUACCUGUACUUAUAAAACAAACAUGCCUGCAGCAAUCAAUGCCUUUGCCAAUACUUAUUUAUUUAAUAGUCACUGAGAGACACUGUGUAUUUUUGUUGCCUUUUUAUAUGGUGGCUUUAUGUGAUGUUACCAGAUAUAAUUUCUGAUUCUUUUUUUUUUAAAAGCUCACCAAUAGUGUUCAUUUUUCAUUUUUCUUGAGUUCUGCAAUUAUAUGCAAUAUAUUCGUGACAUAUGCCACCAACCCGUAAAUAAAAUUAACUAAGAGCACAGUUACACAUACUGAACUACUUACAGUAAAUACAUGACACUGGGUUGCAAACCAGCAGUAUAUGAAAGCAAAGAUGAAAGACGGAUCCACAGUGUAAAAGGACUAAACUAUUUGGUUUAAAUUACCAAACAAUGAACGGCAUAUGGUAAGGGGAAAAUUUAAAUGUCCAAAUCCAUGUUUACAUCUUUUCUAAUGCAGAGUGACUGAGACUGAGUUGUAAACUAAGGACUUGUUGUUUUUGUACAUUAUACAAACAUGUAUGCAGGUAGCUACAGUAGAAGUUACACUUUUGUACUCAAAUGUCAAAUGCACCAUAAUUCAGUAUUAAAUUGUGCAUAUAUGUGCAUGCCUUCAUGCACACUAUGUAAAUACAAAUGUCUGCAUAAACAAGAACUUUCAAUUGACUGGAUGCUUGUGCGGAAUGUGUCUUAAAGCUUUUAGUAAUGUAGUUAUAAUACAGAAUAUUUUGUUGUCCUAGGUCAUUGCAAACAUUUUUGGAGCACUGUAAUGGUGCCCAAUAUGGUGUAUUAUCUUCCAUAAAAGAAAAAAGAAUAAUAGCAUUUGCACCAUUUGUACAUUUUAAAGUGGUAACUGGUUUAAGGAAGCACUAAUGUGUUCUCUGAAUAAACAGCAAGAUUUCUUACAUUUUGUUUAUCUCCAUUAUAGUCGCAAUCAGUUACUUCAAUUAACACAUCUUCCCCGUUGCAGAGAAAACACCGGUUGUCGGAUAGACAGGAGACUAAAUGAUUGGACGCUUUCUUCUACAAAACCCUUACAGAGCAAAGCCAAUAUGUUUUCACAUUCCUUAAUGGUCUUUGUCUUGAUAGAAGGAAAUUACUCUUAUUUCAUUCAAUGAAAUAUUUUGUGCAAGCUCAUCUCCCCCAUUAGCUUCUAUGGGAACUUAAAAGUGUCACAACAAAGAUCACAUUUGAUUAAACCUAUAUUCCCUUUUUUUUUCUAAAUAUAUUUGUUUUAACCAAUCUCUGUGAAGCAGGAAGGGUUUUUAUCACUAAGACUGCACAAUGGCCCCGUUUUGAGGUGUAACAACCUUGUUUAAGUGUGAAGAUAGUUUCUGAUUUUAUCACUCAAAUACAAGAUAAAUUUCAUCUUCUACUUUGACCGACGGUUUUUCUGGUAAUUGGCUGUGCUCUCUGAAUAUUAAGGAUUGUGUGCUGUGUGCGAGGCAGAGAAUUUAUACAAACACAUUGUACAUAUUGUGUCAGUAGACACGGCAAUCAGAGUUAAAGAGAAUAUCGACUGACAAAAGCAAAGGCCAAAAGAAAGGUUCAGGAAAGCAGUGCCACAGAGAACACAGUGCACACAGAAACAAGCUUCCAAGGCCACGCUUUGCCUUUCCUCUAACAACCAGUUUUCACUGCUGAGCUUCCUGGCAAGUGUCCACUUAUUUUCCAAUUAAUUUGGCCUCAGAGAUUCUUUUCUCAACUCGUCCAUGUGGUUAAAUGAACAGACCUCUUUGCACUGUUUCAGAUAGUUUAAAAAUCCACACACCCUGUAACAUCAAACUGUAAAUCAAUAGUUUUGUGUCAUUAAAAAAAAAUGGUUUAUUGCAUGGAUGGUCCAUCAACAAAUAAAACUUUUCUGAGCUUAUCCCACUAAAAGGCAUGUGACUACACAACUGAACAAACUGAAAAUGUAACUUCUUACACAUUACAUUACACAGCAUUCCUCAAGCCCGAUCCCAGAUGAUUAGCUCGAUAAUAACCAAUAUUCAAACAUUAUAUUUCAGUUUCCCAGGUUAAAUAUUGCUAUGAGUAAUGGCAAACAUCAUGUAGCAGACAGCCUCAUUGAGUCAGCACAAAAGAAUAUAUAUAGUAUAUGACGUGAUAGGAAAUACAAAAUGUUUAUGUAGAAUAAUUUGAUGUUAGACACAAUCCAUUAUAGACUCUGACUUAUUUUUAAUGUAUUUGACCAAAAGUGAUGCUCUUGAUUUGACACGUUGCUGGUUAGAAUGGACGGUUUUAAUUAUAAUAUAUAGAAUGUGGCCUCCUCUGAGAGAAAACUGUGUUUAUGUUUGCUUCCUGUUGAGGGACGAUGCAGAGUGAGGCGGAGAAUACGCCAAACUAUUUCCAUGUCUAAAUGAAGCCAUGUAAUUAGAACUCAAUAUUUCAUCAGUCAUAUCCUCUCACUGUGCUGGUCACUUUUGUUUUGUGACACUUUUGUAAUGGACAGGUACAUUUUGUAAAAUGUAUAUGAUCCCCUGCAUCCCACUCCUUCAAUAUAGUUUGGUGGUUGAACAACAAUACAGGCUGCACCAUGUUCUGCUGAACAAUAAUCCUUCUGUGUAAUGUGUGAAUGCUAUAGAUAUAUGUCAAUGACUUUUUAUACAAACUCGGAAACAAUCCCCCUCUUAUAAAUGCUUCUCCAAGAAUAAUUUAUUUACUGUUUUUUUUUUUUUUUAAUGUUUUAUUGUCCAAAAGUGGGCGGCUGAACGCUCUGAAAUUGGAAUUUGCCUCAUCCUCGUUCUCUGCUCCACAUUGGAUCUGAGCCAACAUCAGCAGCCAUCUUUGUGCCAAACUGGGUUGCAGGGUUGGAUGAUCAAAAACAAUAUGAGAUGAGAACUCCACAGGAGAAACAAAUCAUAAAUGUGACCUCAGUCGGCUUGCAGUUGAAGGCAGCCCUGUGCUGAUGUUUGUGUUAAACUGUUUGAUUUAGUCUCUGUGACGUUGGCCUUGGGCAGGGCAAUAGGCUUGGGCUCUUUUGUGACAAUAAAUAAUUACAAGAUUUGUUUUUUUUUUUAAACCCUCAUGUUUGAAGAGAUUUCAAUAAUGUGUAGAUAUUAUAGGCUACUCAUGUCAUCUUAUGGACUACAGGGUGGCUUCAGGGAUUUUGUGGUCUUCAACGGUGACACUAUGGUGUUCAGAUGGAGUCGAUACUCACUGUUUUCUGUUGUGUUGUGUUUUCUUUUCAUUACAGUAUAUCCUCAUGUUUGCAUGUGCACGGAAAUGCUACCCUCAGAUGCUGUGGGUGGUGCUCAUUUCUUUAUUAUGCAUGAAAAUAAGUCACAUUGGGUGAAAUGGGAUAAACCCAACAACAAUUCAAGAUAGACAAUUGAAAACACACACUGGGAUAACUGUUCUGUUUUUUUUUUUUGUUUUUUUUUAAAGAAAACAAGGGGUCUUGUUUAAAAUGUUGUGGAUGUCUUUAGCCUAUUUCAUGUUUUUAUUACCUUAUAAUAAGGUAAUUUUAUGAUGAGCUGAAUAUUGAAAUGAAUUUUACUAUAUCCUUGUGAUGGGGAGAUGUGCUCCCCUGUUUACUUGGCACUUCAGUUUGUUGUAAUGCAAUUGUUUUGUUAUUUC